AAUCGGGCACAACCAGUCUUAAUCGGUACACGAGGACUCUAUACAUUUUUUUCCCCCUUUCUCUGGUCUGUCUGUCUCCGCUUCCUCCUUCUUCGAUAGAGUCGGUGUCGAUCCUCCUCCUCCGCUUGCAACCAACUGUCGCCAUGAAGCUGUUGCCGGUCUUGUUGCUCGUCGUCGCGGUCGUCUUCGCCGCCGAGGAGAAGGAGGAAGAACGGCCCAAGACUUUCAGGAGGCUCAUCCCUGCUGAUGUCCUGCGCGAUUUCCCGGGUAUGUGCUUCGCCUCGACAAAAUGCGCCACCGUUGAGCCAACCAAAUCAUGGGAUCUGACACCAUUCUGCGGUCGUUCGACCUGCGUGCCAGCUGACGACAACUCUGGCCGCCUCUUCGAGCUCGUAGAAGAUUGCGGACCGUUGCCGAAAGCGAACCCUAAGUGCAAGCUAUCCGAGAAGACGAACAAGACCGCUCCCUUCCCUGACUGCUGUCCAGUCUUCGAAUGCGAGGAAGGAGCUAAACUCGAGUACCCAGAGAUCUUAACUGUCCCGCCGCCUACGAAUAUCCUGGAGCUGGAGAAGAAGCCCAAAGCUGAUGCACCGAAACCUUAAAUUCCCUGCAUCAGGAUAUGACUCCUGUGGCGAACAGGAAGAAUCAAUGAAUAACAAAAUUGUUCUUUGGAUUUUUUAACACUAGAACUACCGAGCAAUUACAGUGAACUCGAGAUUUGAAUCAUCUUUUAUUACUGUAUCUGUGCAAAUAGAUAAAUUUAUUUUACUACCUUGCACGAAAGUGUCUUCAUAAUUUGAAUACAAAAUAAAAAUGUUAAAACAAGUCAAUUUGAACUGUCUGAUAGUUCUAGUGUCAAAAAUGUUUCCUCUGACAUCUGAUUUCGCACUACUCCUUCCUUUGAUUGGUACCAACUUCCGGAAUUAUGCAGCGUUUUCUUGUUGAAAAUUGUUAAUGAUGUUAUACAAUUUUUAAAGACAAUUGUUGUUAAGAGAUAAUGAAAAAGAUUAUCGUUCUAGAUUGUUGGAAGAGAAAAAUAUAUUAGGACAGGUGGCUGCACCGGAGAAGAAAUGUUACUUUUGUCGUUGCGCAUCGAUCCGUGCUUGUUUCGCCACGAGGAGGCCACAUCGCAACUUCCUGUUACCCUUCGACGCGAUUUGAUUUUACGCGAGACUAUAAUUACGUUGUAUAUAAUUCUCUAUGCACUUCCAUGUUUCUUUCUUCUAUUUUUUUGUCCUUUUUCAUUGUCGCUACGAAAUUCCGUGAAACCCAUUGGUAUCGUUCCACGAAUGCAACGGCAGAAUCGUCGUCAGUUGUAGGAAGUGUGGCGUCGCCUUCAGCAGUAUCGUGUCUAUUCAGUCUCCUAGUCCCGGAAAUGAGAUUCAGAUGCACUCCGUCCGUUCUUAAUUCCAGCUGUAAACGUCCCGUAGAGUAGAAAUUUUCUUAUCUAUUUUAAAAGUAGGAAGCUCUGCGUACAUUAAGUAAAAACAUGUGUGAUUGUAACUGUAUGUGAUUAAAUUAAUAUCUA